AUGAUGUUUACCUGCAGCUCCCUGGCACCUCCUCUCUACCCGGGGUUACUGCGUCCCCCAGCGGCUCUCUCUUUGCCCCUGUCCCGCUCGCUCCCCUCCGGCUUCCUCGUCGAGGACCUCCUCCGCCUCAGCCAGCCCGUCAGCUGCAUCCAUCGGACUCUGUCAUCUCCGAGAAAUACACGAGAUGUAGUCUCCGUCAGCCCGGGGCCCUUCGCCUGUCCCCGUGCAGCAGGGGCCAGCGCAGACAGGCCGUCCGCUGCGCAGGCGCCCGGUCCCGUCUCCCAACACACGGCUCCCCCGGAGAGCUACCUCAAGUUCGGUGUCAACGCCAUACUGGCGCCGUCCACACGGAGCUUCCAAAGUUUGCAGACGAAAUCCCUCCCAUUGCCUUUCUUUGAUGGACACCUCCAUCCUUUUCUUAGAGCUUCCUAUUUCUCAGCUGCUAGGUCCUCCUCCUCUGUAGUUCCUGUCCCAGGGACAUUUUCGUGGCCGCUGGCACCCAGAGGGAAGCCCAGGAGGGGCAUGCUGCGGCGAGCUGUCUUUUCAGACCUCCAGCGGAAAGCCCUGGAGCGAACAUUUCAGAAACAGAAGUACAUCAGCAAGCCAGACAGGAAGAAACUGGCAAGCAAGCUGGGGCUUAAAGACUCCCAGGUGAAGAUCUGGUUUCAGAACAGGAGGAUGAAAUGGAGGAACUCCAAGGAGAGGGAGCUCUUGUCGACGGGCGGCAGUCGCCAGCAGACCCUGCCCACUAAGACCAACCCCCACCCCGACCUGACGGACGUGGGCGGGGCCAGUGGCCAGAGUAAGGAGGAUGCGGCGAAAGAGCAUCGCCACUUGUUGACGCAGAGCCACAACGAGGGCGCGGUGCUGGACCUUCAGUAUCACCACGACAUCUCCUCUCUGUCAGAGUCCAGCAAACAGUCAGACCUCUCUGAGUCCGAGGAUGAAGAAAUCACCGUGUCCUAAGGCCUGGGAUGAAACAACUGAUACACGUGUGUGUGUGUGUGUG